UCCCUGCAAAGGAUCAACAGAUGGCGCUGAUUAAAGUAGAACCUUCAGAAGAAUGGAUACCUGGUGUGGACCAGUCAGAUCCAGAACCCCUCAAAUUAAAAGAGGAAGAGGAGGAACCCCGGCCCAGUCUGGAGGGAGACAAAGUUGUGAAAGAGGAGAUUGAUGUCACCAGGUUUUCAGUCACUGCAGUUCCUUUUAAAAGUGAAGAUGAUGAAGAGAAGCCUCUGUUCUCACAGCUACAUCAGCACCAGUUGGAGGGCAGAGAUCUUCCAUCCUGCUGCUCAGCUGGUCAGAAGGAAACAGCAACUGAUGAAGAGGACUGUGGAGGACCUGAAACUACCAGUAACCCAGAUGGAAAUACUUACAAAAACUGUUCCUGCUCUUCAGAGACUGAACUCAGUGACAAUUAUAAAGAUGACGAGGAUGUGAACAAUCCUGAUUCUCAGCUGAAGAAUUUGUCAGUUUCUGUGCAAAAAACUAAAGAGAGGAACAAAGAAUGGAAGAACAGAAGAGCUCCUGAAUCAGGAGUGAAGACUGUCAGAAAAUCUGUGAGAUGCUCUGAGUGUGGUAAUCAGUGUGUCAACAACAGAUCUCUUAAGAGACACAUGUCCAGUCAUUUAGGAGACCAGACAGAACCAAAACUGUUCAAGUGUAAUGACUGUGAUAAGAAAUUUGCAAGAAAAAAUGGUGUAAAAGCUCACAUGAUAGUUCACACAGGAGACAAACCAUUUCCUUGUGAUGUUUGUGGACAAAGAUUUAGCCGAAAGUCAUCUUUAAACACACAUGAGAGUCCACACAACAGAUUAAUCAUUUUCACUGUAAAUAUUAAAAUAGCUCCUACAUCAGGUCCCACAGGAGUUACAUGGGGGACUUAAAUUAACAUAAUUAAUAAAGGGGCAAGAUUA